AUGGCGCCCCUCGAAAACGGCCACGCCAAUGGCUUAAAUGGAGAUGCACUGCCUCCAACAGCCUCAAUGGCCUCUCUGCGCUUCUCCGAUAUCCCUGACGCCAUCGAUAUUCCCGCCUCCAGUUUCGAUAGCGAAGUCGAAGUCAGCCUCCUCGAUCUCCCCGAAGACCCGACCGAGCUUUGCACAUUGUUGGAAAACGAGAGAGCUGCCAAGAACUUCUGGGUUAUCAUCGCUCUGGCUUAUGCCAAGCGAAAGCAGAUCGAUCAUGCUAUCGAUAUUCUGAACAAGGGCUUGGCCUCCGUGGCCCACGGUGCCACCAAAGAGAAACUUGGUCUUCUGGGCUGGGUCUGCUGGCUGCUGAUGCUGAAGAGUCGUCAGGCCCCGAGAGUCGCGCCCGAAGGUGAACUUUACUCGGAAGCAAAGACUAAGGAUCACUACCUUCAGCUCGCGACCUCGACCUUGAACGAGGCCUCGCGUCUGAACCCGGCAUAUCCACCUCUGUUCCUGGCGCGUGGCGUCCUCUGUCUUCUUCGUGCCUCUUUAUACCCUCCUCGGGCUGCUCGCCCGGGUGCCAUCGAUACAUCUGAAAGAGCGGAAGCUCUGCGUCAGGCAUUGAAGUGCUUUGAUGAAUCUUCAAAGGCAUUUGGUGGCCGCAAUAUCAUGGCUAUUCUGGGCCGCGCUCGUGCACACUACAUGCUGGGAAGAUAUGCGGAGGCUCUUGAUGGUUACCAGAAGGUCUUGAUGAAGGUGCCUCACCUCACAGACCCUGAUCCUCGAAUUGGUCUUGGAUGCUGCUUGUGGCAGCUGGGCUUCAAGGACCAGGCCAAGGCUGCUUGGGAGCGAUCGCUUGCACUUAACCCCGAGUCCAAGGUCGCCAACAUUCUCCUCGCCGUGUACUACCUCUACGAUAGCUCCCGUCGUUCCACCACCGAUCCCAUGUUCGGCUCUCUCUACAAGGUGGCCAUGACUCAGUAUACACAGAAGGCGUUCAAGCUGGACAAGGAAUACCCCAUGACCUGCGCCUUGUUCGGCAGCUACUUCCUCCUGCGCAAACAAUACCCAACUGUUGAGACCCUUGCCCGCAAGGCUAUCGAACAUACAGACGUGAUGCCCAUUGCCAGUGACGGCUGGUAUCUUCUUGGCCGUAAGGCUCACUACGAAGGUGAUGCCACAAAAGCAACAGAGUUCUACAAUCGCUCCGACCAAGCUCGUGGUGGUGGUGACAAGGGCUACCUGCCUGCCAAAUUCGGCGCUGUGCAGAUGCAGGUGACAAACAAGGACUUUGACGGUGCCAAGUUCCGUUUGGAGAAGAUUGUUCAACAGUCCAGGAACCCAGAAGCCAUGAUUUUGUUGGCAGCGCUGCAUGCGGAGGAAACCUUUGCCCUCCAGAGAUCUGGCAGCAAGGAAGACAAGUCGUCCGAGAUUAAGCGUGCAAUUGGUCUUUUGGAGUCUGUUCGCUCGAUGUGGAAGGAUGAGAAGCUGAAAUUGACACCAGACGAGUCUGUUCUGGUGUAUCUUGCUCGUCUCUACGAGAGCAGCGCUCCGGAUAAGAGCAUGCAGUGUCUUACCCAGCUGGAAGAGCUUCAAAUUGCCGGUAUCCCUGAGAGCGCUCGUCCGGAUAUUGAUAACGCGGAUGAUAUGAAGGCCGCUCUCCGUGAAAGCCUGCCCCCGCAGCUCCUCAACAACAUGGGUUCCUUCCUCUAUCAAAGUGAGAAGAUUGCCCUUGCUCGUGGCAUGUUCCAGUCCGCGCUCAACGCAUGUGUCCAGUCAGAGGAAAGAGAAGACGGAUCCGACAACGACGCCCUUGUCACUACCAUCAGCUACAAUCUGGGACGCACUUAUGAAGCAGCGGACAUGUGGGACGAAGCCAAGAAGGUCUACGAGGGACUUCUGGAGCGUCACAGCAACUACACCGAAGCCAGUGCACGACUUACCUAUAUUGCUCUGCGCCAAAGCCCCACAGACGAGGGCCCGAAGAAGAUGGGCAAGCUCUACGAAGUGGACUCAUCUAACUUGGAAGUCCGGGCUUUGUUCGGCUGGUAUCUCAGCAAGUCCAAGAAGCGCGUGGUCAACCUCGCCGAGGAUCAGGAACAACGCCACUUCAAGCAUACCCUGCAGUACCACGACAAGCACGACCGUUAUGCCUUGACGGGAAUGGGCAACGUGCAUCUCCUAGCGGCCCGUGACAUGCGCCGCGAGACAGAACCGGAGAAGGAGAAGCGCCGCACUACCUACCGACGUGCCGUUGAAUUCUUCGACAAGGCCUUGCAGCUAGAUCCCAAGAACGCCUAUGCCGCGCAGGGUAUUGCUAUCGCUCUUGUUGAUGACAAGAAGGACCACAGCUCCGCCGUGCAGAUCUUCUCCAAGAUCCGUGACACGCUCAAGGAUGCCAGCGUCUACCUCAAUCUGGGCCAUGUCUACGCCGAGCUCCGCCAGUUCUCGCGAUCUAUCGAGCACUACGAGACCGCCCUGGCCAAGGACCGCUCGCGUGAUGUUCAAAUUCUGGCUUGUCUCGGCCGUGUGUGGUGGUUAAAGGGUAAGCAGGAGAUGAACCUGGCUGCGAUGAAGACCGCUCUGGACUACGCCCAGCGUGCCCGAGAAGUCUCCCCAGACCAACUUCACCUGCAAUUCAACGUCGCUUUCGUGCAGAACCAGAUUGCCUCCUUGUCCUACAGCCUACAACCCACGCAAAAGACACUUCAGGAUGUGCAGGAGGCCGCCGAGGGUCUCAAGGAGGCUAUCGAGACCUUCGACCGUAUCUCUAAGGAAAAGAAUCCCCCUUACCCAAGCCAGGCUCUGGAGCAGCGUGCCAACAUGGGUCGCACGAUCAGCAAACAACUGGACCGAGCCAUGCAGAGCCAAAAGGAGUACGAGGAGAAGAACGCCGCUAAGCUCCAACAGGCCCGCGAGGCCCGCGAAGCUGCACAGAAGAAGCGCGAGGAGGAGCUCCGCAAGGCACAGGAAGUCGAGAUGGAGCGCAAGAAGCGUAUCGCCGGAGAGCGCCAGCAAAUGCUUGAAGAGACCCAGCGGAGCGCCGCUCAGCGCGCCGAGGUCGAACGUGCCCGCGAAGAAGCAGAGCUUACAGACGACUCCCAGGGUGACAAGGUCAAGCGCACGAAGAAGAAGCAGCCCUCUAAGCGCAAGAAGAAGGGCGGCGACGACUUCAUCGCCGAUGACGAGGAUCAGGCCGAGCACAGCGCCGAGCCAGAGAGCGAUACCGAGACCGCGCCCAAGAAGCGCCGUCGUCUCGAGCGGAGAUCUGGCGGCAAGGCUACCGCUCCCAAGGCGUCAUCGAACAAAUUCAAGAGCAGCGAGCGCGUCGUCGAUUCAGACGAGGAAGAAGAUGCUCCGACUCCAGGCGAAGAGCAGGAAGAUCUGUUCGGCGACGAGCCAAUGGCGGAAGAAGCUCCUCGUCGACGCGAAAAGGCAUCCCGCCGUAUCGCGGAUGAUGAUGACGACGAGGAAGAGGAAGAGGAAGAAGAAAAGGAAGAGUUGAAGGCCGCAGAGGAAGAAGAGGAACUUUUCGGUGAAAAGGGAGACACAGAGAUGCAAGACUGA